UGGCGUCAUACGCGGACGAUGGUGGUAGUAUGGCAAAAGUGAUUCCACCUUUCGCUCAAAAACUACCUUCUAGUCUCGUCCGAAUUCAUCGGCGAGACCCUUCUCUUCCAUGGCUCGUGGCACGGCUUAAGUUCUGUUACCAUGAAGCUUAACGUGUCAUAUCCAGCGACAGGAUGUCAGAAACUGUUCGAGAUUUCUGAUGAGCACAAGCUCAGGAUUUUUUAUGAAAAGCGUAUGGGAGCCGAAGUGGAAGCUGACUCCCUUGGUGAUGAGUGGAAAGGAUACGUCGUCCGGGUAUCUGGAGGGAACGAUAAACAGGGUUUCCCGAUGAAACAGGGUGUCCUGACAAAUGGUCGUGUACGCCUUCUGUUGUCAAAGGGACACUCGUGCUAUAGACCUCGUCGCAACGGCGAGCGAAAAAGGAAAUCUGUUCGAGGAUGCAUCGUCGAUGCCAAUUUAUCGGUCCUUGCAUUAGUUAUCGUGAAGAAGGGAGAACAGGAAAUUCCUGGAUUGACAGACAUUAAUGUGCCUCGUCGCCUUGGACCAAAGAGAGCUAGCAAGAUCCGCAAGCUCUUCAAUCUCUCCAAACAAGAUGAUGUGCGUCAGUUUGUCGUAAAGCGACCGAUUCAAAAAGAGGGUAAAAAGGAACGUCACAAGGCACCUAAAAUUCAGCGUCUUAUCACUCCGCUUACUCUUCAGAGGAAGAGACAUAGGCUAGCUUUGAAGAAGCGACGCUGCUUGGCUCGCAAGGAACAAGCUGCCGAAUACGCCAAACUCCUAGCCCAGAGGCAAAAGGAGGCCAAGGCAAGACGUCAAGAAGAGCUUAAGCGAAGACGCAGUGCCUCCAUGCGAGACUCAAAAUCAUCGAACCAGUCCGCACCCACUGCACCCCAGAAGUGAUUCGAUCGUUACAAUGUAUAAUCACAUCUAAUAAAUUCGGUCACCGUUUCUAAUGCCCAGGG